AAGGUUUGUGUACACAGGCACUUGACGUUACUUGAUAGAAAAUGAGAGAAACAUCCUGUAUGAUAUGAGAAAACAUCAGUAAAGGAGCCACAAUGGCCAGCAGGAAAACAAUGGCGCAAGACGUCAUCCUGUGUCACCUCUGUGACAGGAGAGCCGCUCAGCUUCACUGUAAUCCCUGCCAGGUAAACUUAUGUGAAGAAUGCGUCGGAAAGCACUUUAUGACGUCAUCGUCUGCCACACACGAAAUCGUCAAAUACAAGGAAAGAAAAUUCCAGUUAAAAUUUACAAAUUGCGAUGCUCACAAAACUGAGAAAUGUACCGUAUUUUGUCGAGACUGCAAUCUACCAGUUUGCAUAAAAUGUUUGACAGGGGUCCAUAAAGGUCACGAUGUUGCUGAUUUUUCUGAAAUCAUUGAUACAGCAAAAUUCCAAAUAGAUGAAAACACAGCUAUCCUUGAAGAUAUUCUUCCUCAGUUUGAACAAGCAGACAGACAAGUAGAGUCCAAAAUAGCGGAUUUAUUUUCAAGAUGUGAUGAAAUGCAAACAUUAGCCAUAGAACAUGGGAAGAAAUGGCAUCAGGUUAUUGAUGAUAUUGUUCAGAAAGACAAAGAUCUCAUUUCUGAAAUGAAAGAAUCUGGCCUUAGAGAUUUAAGAAAGUGUCAAGCAGAAAUCAAGGAUACAAUCCAAGUCUUAAUGAAAGCAGUUCAAAAGAACAAGAAGAUCAUUCAGUCUGUUGAUGCAAAUGAAAUAAAUCAAUACGAAUUACCAUCACAAAAUUUAUACAGAGAUAUUUUAUUGAAUGUUGAUAUAAGACUUCCAAUAUUUGUCCCCAAGGCACCAGAUACAAUUCAACUGCAUAAACUCUUCGGACAACUGAAUGGACCUGUGAUUUUACCCCAGAUCAGCAAAAGAAAGGCUUCAAUCUCAAACAAUCGAACGUUAUUAGAUAAAGCUAUUGAAAUUAAAACAUUUACAAUUGAGAACAUGUUAAGGAACUUGGCAUGCCUUGGAACUGAAGAGGUUUGGAUAUCAUAUAGGUUAAAGCCAAUCAUCCACAGAGUCAACACAAAGGGUGAUAUACAGGAGACUGUUAUAUCAAGUUGUCUGGAAUGGAAUUGUCACCCUAGCAACAUUUCGAUUUCAAAAAAUGGAGAGCUGAUGUACACAGAUAGAAUAAGUGGAUCUAUUAAUAUUGUAAGGAGGGGCAAAUCUACUACCCUUUUCUCUGUUGAAAAGGAAUGGAAACCACUGGGGCUGUGCUGUACGAAAUCAGGUGAAUUGCUUGUCGCCAUGGGUACCAUUGACGACAAAAGAUACAAGGUAGUGCGCUAUAGAGGACGACAAGUAAAACAGGAAAUAGAGAAAGAUGACCACGGACAUUUUUUAUUUGGUGUGGGAGACAGAAUGUUCUAUGUGACGGAGAAUUUCAAUGGGGACAUAUGUGUUUCUGAUAACAACUCCAGGGCCGUUGUUGUGAUUAACCAAUCAGGAAAAAUACGAUUCCGAUAUAAAGGAAUACAAGAGAUGGAGAAAGAAUUUAUUCCAUGUGACAUUGCUACGGACAGUAUGGGUCGUAUACUGGUAGGGGAUAGCGGGAACAAAUGUAUCCACAUUACUGAUCAGGACGGACAGUUUCUCCAUAGCAUAAGUGGUUAUGAUAUGUUUAGUAUUGACGAUCUCGGGCGAUUAUGGGUGGGAAAGUAUGGGGGUUAUAAAGUGAAAGUAAUCAGUUAUACCAAACAAUAAACAGCAAUUAUUCUCAGUAGAAUUGUCCCCUCUAUUUUGUUAUGUUACUUUUUACCAAAAGAAACUUUUUGUGUAUCUAUGAGAAUUAUGUGAAUUAGUACCACUCUAUCCAAGGGGCUGCAUACCUAAAAGUUAAGACUUUCAAUAUUUGUUCCCAAUCUACCAGAUUCAAUUCAACUACAUUUUGAUUUCAAGAAAUGGAGAUCUGAUGUACACAGCUAGAACGAGUAGAUCUAUUGAUAUUGCUAAAAAGGGCACAUCUACUAAUUUGAUUUCAGUUCUAAAAGGAUGCAAAACGUUAAGGUUGUGCUGUACUAAAUUGGUCGAAUUGCUUGUCAGUAUGCGCAGUAGUGAUGGGAAAAUAUAUGAUUGUACGUUACAAAGGACAGAAAGUGAAACAGGAGAUAGAGAAAGAUGACUUUGGAAAUUAUUUGUUUACUGGAGGA